AUGUUGGAGGCGAUUCCACAGCAGAAGCAUCCCGGCUGGACGUCUCUGGCUUGGGUCUGCAGAGAAUGGCAGCUCACUAUAGAGAAGGAAAACUUCCGGCAGCUGAAGCUGCAAGCGCCUUGCCUCGAUAGCCUGGAACGUCUGAGCGUCCGGCAGAGAGGGCUAGUUCGACAUGUCCUGCUCGACAUUGAGUUACCGAGAUGCACGUGUCGAUCGUGCAAGCUUCUCGGUAUCCUCGGCACCUGGAAAUCGGCCCGUGGUUUGACGUUGGAGCUCAGCGUGCAUUGCCCCAGCGAUUCGCACCUCUGCGAAAGGGAAGCCGAAUGCAACUGGCACGAUCCGAAGCACGGCUGGAUCCGCGGCCGUCAGGUCACGGAUCCUCCCUUAUUAGCUAUAUUGCGACUCUUCGCAUGGAUAUCCCUAUCCAAUUCAUGCCUUCCCCAAACUCUUCGGAGAGUGACGGUAUUCCAAGAAUUCAGCAACAGGAUUACUGCAGCACUGAGCAAUUCCCAGAUGUCCCCCUGGCUGGGAGUGGACGGCUCCAACGUCGUAGAUCCUGGAAUUGGCGCGGCUUUGCCUCCAGGAUCUCUCGCGCUCACCUCGCAGCUCCUACAACGUACGGCAAGCUUCCAGAAGAUUGACGCCUUGCUGUACGAAGCUGGCAGCACCGCAUUGCAGAUGCCUGGACUGCGCAGCAUGGUGCUCUGGAAUGGCGGCGAGGGGAACGCCUGUGAAUUCAUAUACCGUACCGACAGCGCCCAUGCAUCUGUCAAUUGGCGCAGUAUGUGGGAUAUGGAGCUGAGCCCUCGUGUUGUGGAAAUAUGGCAACACGUUGCCUUCGAAAGCUGUUCGCUGGCACUCCGUGUCGGCAAGCAUAGACUUCGUGGUGUGAUAGGCCUGCCCUGUCAGAUAGUCACGCCUGCAUCUCUCAGACAAAUACGGAGGGAAGCAAUGCUGCGCGCAACAUGAG